AUUGUUGGUUCUUACCUUUUAACUGUAUAUUAUUGUCAACAUGUUGCAACCGUGAUUGAUUUAGUGUGUCUUGUUUCCAUCUCGUGUAAACAUCAAAGGCUUACUAUGUUCGAAAGGCAAAACGGUGAAAAAUGCGAAAUGAUGUUCCCACACAAACUUGCGAUUCUCGUCGUCAGCGCUCUGCUGAUUUACGACUUCUAUAACAGCUCUACGCCUGUAGAAAUCCGCAUUCAGAACCCUCAAUUCGCUUUACUAGGCCCAUAUAAUACUACAGAACCAAGCCCGAUAGUAGAUGAUGUUUACGAUCAACUUAUUGAUUUAAAAAACUUCUCUUUCAAAGUUAAUCCUCUACCUUGUCAGAACUACGCCGCUGGACUGCUACUGGUCAUAAUAAUAUCUUCAAAUCCGAGUAAUUAUGACAACAGGAUGGUUAUUCGGAAUACAUGGGGGCGUUCUGUAGAUUCAACUAAAGUUGUGUUUUUGAUGGGAGAGUCAGAAAAUGCGACAUUGUCUCAAAAGAUUCAGAAUGAAUCGGCCAUAUUUGGGGAUAUUGUGCAAGGUAGCUUUACGGAUGCUUACCGUAACAUGACUUACAAGCAUGUGAUGGGUUUGAAGUGGGUGUCGCAUCAUUGUCCAAUGGCGAAGUACAUUUUGAAGACGGAUGAUGAUGUUGUGGUGAAUUCUCAUGCGUUGAGGCAGUUUCUGGCACGGGAGCUGUCGCCGUGGGGAGCGAAGGGGCUGAUUACAUGUCAGGUUUUGGAGCAUGCUUUGGUGCAACGGUCACAUCGUUCUAAGUGGAGAGUGUCACCAGCCGAGUAUAAGCCACAUUACUAUCCAACAUACUGUGCAGGUUGGGCCAUCCUCUACUCCCAAGAUGUGGUGCCCCGACUGCUGAAGACAGCCCAAUCUACCCCCUACUUCUGGAUUGACGAUGUCCACGUCACCGGCGUGGUGGCCCAGCAGAUCGGCGUGGCUCGCACUCCGCUGGCCAGCCUGGUGCUGUCUCGGAACCGUGCCACGAUGCUGACCUCACUCGGAGCUGAUUAUGCUGGGAAGUUCUUGUUCGGACCACCCGAUAUUAGUGUUAGCAAGAUCUCGCAGAUAUGGAAAGCUAUUCCUGAAUAGAUUUUGAGGGUACAUACACAACUAAAGGCCUGUUGUAAGGUGAGUGCUAUUGUUAUUGGCCACUCCACAGUAAUUGGCCACUCUUAACAAUAAGACUUCUAUUGCCUUGUUUCUUUCUGAUUUGUUAAGAGUGGCCAAUUACUAUGGAGGGACCAAUAAGUGUAGCAGUCACCCAAUAUAGUAAAAACCGGCCAAGUGCGAGUCGGACUCGCCCACCGAGGGUUCCGUACUUUUUUUAAUAUUUGUUGUUAUAGUGGCAACAGAAAUACACCAUCUGUGAAAAUUUCAACUGUCUAGCUAUCAGGGUUCAUGAGAUACAGCCUGAUGACAAUCAAUCAAUCAAAUGUUUUAUUCGUGAUAAACUUAAAACUAAAAUUACAUACAAAAGUAUAACUAAAGCUAUAGGAAUUUAUAAAAUAGGUAGGAGUUGAAGUUUACCACGAAAUGGUCUCGCCUCAGCAUAAAUGCUAACCAGAAGGUCAGCGCUGAUCUUCCGGCGGGACCAUUUUGGGUCACGAUCGCAGCCGUACGACACGGCCCAACCAUUAGCUGAACGCAGCCUUUGCAGCAGCGACCAGCGCCAUCUUAUGUACUGUCUAUGGCAGUACUUGACAAUGUCAUUAUUGACAACAACAAGUGUAUAAGAAUAAGAAAUGGAUAUGAGACUUCCGGUUCGAGCGCCAUCUUGAUAGUUAGCAUCGUGAUUAAUUACUUUGUUUUUUGCUUAUUAAUAUUGUUUAAAGUGUAAUAUCGAUAGCUUAUUAUACAGUAAACUAAUGUGGUAGUGUGCAGUGAAUGGAGAAUUAAUUUUGAAGCGCGUUUAACCACCAUCUUGGAGUCAACGGCCGGUAGUCCACGUGCUUCUUGUAAAGCUCUAUCGAUUUACAAGAGCUAACAAAUCACCGUACACUGUCUUGUACAACCGUACAAUUUUUGUCGUUUGUAAACCUCUCAAUACCUUGAUACUGGCGAAAUAGUCCCACUGGGCUGAAGCCAUAAUUUUAAAAGAAGAAGAAGAAGAAGAAAUGGCUAUGCCGUACAACGCGAUAAAAUAUAUUUUUUGCCUUUCAUCCGUUUAAAUUUACAAGUAGCAAAAGAGAUAAAACAAAUACAACAGAACAAAAGUGGUGACAGACAGACGGACAGCGGAGUCUUAGUAAUAGGGUCCCGUUUUUACCAUUUGGGUACGGAACCCUAAAAAUUACCUUAUUGCAAUGGAUUAAAGUGAAGAAAUGUAUUCAUUUAUGAACUCGACUGUACGUACAGUCUCUUGCAGUAAUCACAUUAUCAUUAUUGACUUAUAUAGGUACUUAGUAACCUAUUAAAAAUAAUGCAGGUAAAAACAUUGUUAAAUUGCAAGUGGCUCUAAAAAAAUUUCAGACAUUCUUCCCUACAAGGUAACAAAUAAGCCAUUAUUUUAAGUUUGUCAACCAAAGAUAACAAAUGAACUAUAAUCGAAAUAAGUUAAGAAAUAUACUUAUUUUUAUGACUGCUUAUAACUUAAAAGAUCUGUAUUAUUUUCAAUGUAUAGUGUUUUUUUUACUCUGCGAGUGCAUGAGAACGUCAUAUACACCAUCUCACUCUAGCACUGGUUUAUCCAAACUACAGAUGUAAAAGUUGCGUAAAGUUUCCUAAAAGUUUAAAAAGUUCCCGGAAAUUACAGGAGUUAAAGGAAACUUUCAUUUUGGGAAUGGAAAAUUUCACUGUCUAUUAAUAUGAGAAGUUUCCGAAAAUUUCCCUUCUAGAAAUUUCGCAAUUUUGGAAACUUUCCUACGGCACAUUAGGGGGGCUAAUAAAACUACGUGUUGGAUUGUAAUGAAACUUUGCACAUAGUGACAUGAGGUAUAUCUAGGUCUGAAAUUAGUUUACAUAGCUCCAGUUUAUAAAACACACGAAAUAGAGCAAAAACAAGUUUUGUAUGUAAAACUUAAAUUCGCUGUAUUGUUUUAACUAUGGUAUCUGAAGCCACAUAAACUAAUUACAGACCUAGAUAUACCUUAUCCUAUUGUAAGUACAAAGUUACAGAGCAAUCUAGCUAGUCGUUUUAAAAUGAGAGCGGAGCUACGUUUGCAUGGAGAACCGAGCUUGCCGGAGACCCUUAAGGGCCUUAAGUUAAGGCGUAUUCUCCCAUUCUGUCUCAGUAAAAAACAGUGCCUAACUUAAUGUUAUUAUUAAUAAAAAAAUAAAAAAUAAAUAAAAAGCUUUUAUUUCGGAUUAAUUACAUCCAUAGAAUUACAUAUUAUUAAAAAAAUAAUAAUAAUAAUAAUAAUGUUAAACUUAAAACUAACUUAAACUAAACAUAUUAAAAAAAAAAAAUACUUUUUAAAAUCUGCACGUGGCGCGUGCGAUUUCGCCCAGUGGCCAAAUAUCGGGCUGUCAUAUGCCCCUGCGACCGCACUCAGGAGCCCUUAAUGCUUUAAUGCUUUGUAUGUUUUAACUUAAAAAUAUUUAUGUAUUUAGUUAAUCAGCAGCUGAGGUAGCUAAGCUAGAAUAUUAUAAGAUAAAAUAAAAAUGUAUUGAGAGUGCGUAGCCAUCAUGCAAAUCGUUUACGGUCCGUAUCGAACAAAACGCAACUGUCACUGUCGCACUAAUAUGUCUAAUAUGGAAGAGUGAUAGAGAGACACAAGCGUUUCGUUAACUUAGCGCAAACGAUUAUCACCUUGGCUAGGCACCCAGGACGUUUAAACAUUAGGUAUCCAUUGAGGAAGACAAAAUAAAGUGUGUGGAUAUUAUUGAACGCUUCGUUUGCUUAGAAACUUUUGCUGCUGACUGUGUUUUGACGAAGUAAUGAUCUGGCAUUUUGAGCUUAAGUAUCUAGAAUUAUCUUAGUAUUUUAUUGUAUCAUCUAAUUAAGAUUUCAAAUAUUAAAUACACUUAAAUUAAGGGCAAUGAAUUAAAAAUGUACAGAAAGGUGUGUUCCCAUUUGUUCCCGCCUCACGUAACCCCCGGAUUGAAUCAUUCCCGCCGGGGACAAAUGGACCUACCUGUUCUCUUGCACCUGGGCCCAAAUUUGACUCGAGAAAUUGAAUGGCUCUUAACGAAUGACUGUUUCUGUGGCGGCAACAUACUUGCCAUCACACUUAAAACAAAAACGCAUCUAUACUAUAAGAAUUACGGUUCGAAACCGAAUGACUAGAAAGGAAUAUCUACUUGUUAAUGGGUUAGGUCAAGAAGUCUAUAGGGGCCAGCAAAAAAAAAUUUCUAAUCAUCGACUGUAAUGAUUGAAUUAUGAUUUAGUAUACCAAACUAUAAUUGCGUACUUUUCAUGUAUGGACUCCCAACUCAACUAUAAUAUUCAUUUCGAUACGCUGUAGUCAACUAUAAAAGAAUUUGCAAAUCACGUGCCGCCGCGCUCCCAUAGAAAGGACAUAAACGCGCGACUAUUUUUGCCUACAGAGAUACUUACCAAUUUUCAUUAAUUAUUCGGUUUUAUAGUAAAAAAGUAUUAUUUUAGAUCGUAGAAAAAGUAUUGUAUACAAUAGUGAUAUAAUCAGGCUUUUCAAUCUCGUACCUUACUUAGGCUACUCAGUAAGCUUCGUUGGCUAAACACGGUGCUCGACUGAAAAGCUCUAUUAUAUCACGAUUGUAUAAAAUACUAUUAUGAUGUAGGUAGUAGAGGUACCCAAAAAAGACGUGUAACCUUAACUCGUAAAAAAAAAUUUUGGCCAUUGUGAUGUUGACUGUAUAAAAAUUAAUUUGGUAGCAAAAAACACCAUAGUACCUACCUACACAAUUAUUUGGUGCUUAUAGGGUGGUAUUCCACCUAUAGUUGUGCCAUUCUCGAGAACGUUCUCCCUUUUAUAUGGGCAAUGUUCUCGUUCGAGAAUAUUUCCCAUAGUAAAUUGAGAACGUUCUCGAGAAUGGCAGAACUAUAAAUUUCCACCUGUCUAGUUUCUUUGGCCAAUGUGUAUUUGCGUCUCACAUUUUGCUUACUUAGUGAGACAGGAAUAUCACCCUUACGUCACUUUCUCCAGUCGAAUUGGGUCUUUAUUGCCAUAAUAUAUUACAUCAAGUAUGUUAGUAAAAUAUAAGAUACCUAUUAUAUUCGAUGUGCCUUCAUUGUUUCGAAUA